AAGAUGCAAAUUUGGUCCUGAGCCAAUCAACAGCUGCCAAGUGGAGCCAGCUCGGCCGAGCUGCGCAACACCGAACGUUUUGCAUUUUGCCCCCUGCCAUUACUUGUUUUCAACCCGCAGGACACCCGCGACCGCCUCCUGCAACUCCAGCACCGCAUGCAGGACCUCCAGCCGACGACGGCGCCCCCACCGCCACCCCUGCGGACGCGGACGCCACUCUCGGCGAGCUCGCCUCCAACCUCUGACGCGUACGCCGACGCCCACGCCACGAUGCGAUGCUCGCGCAACAGUUCCUGGUCCGCCCCAGAUCCCAGGCCCAUGCCCUCGACCGCGUCAUGGCCGCCGUCCUGGCCAUCAAGUUGUUGGAGGAGCACCUCAUCCCGCGCCGCGCUGAGUGCCUCGCCAGAGGCAAGGCCCCCGUCCCCGGAAAGACCCCCGACUCCUCCACCUCCUCGCCGGACAGCAGCCCCGACAGGGACGACCCGGACCCGGUUGUGGCCGCCACUGAGGCCCUUGCCAAGGUCGACCUCUCCGACGACCCGGACACCACCGCCACCGCCAAGUCCGGCUCCAGCAAGCCCCGUCAGGCAGCCAGAGGCGGCGGCGGCGACGUGGGCAAGUCGCUCGACUACAUGUACUGCGCGUGCAGGAUCGCUCGCCGUGAAGCGCAUCGACAUCGCCGUCUCCGUCCUCUCCCACUUCAUGGAGCCCAAGAAGCUCGCCAGCCUCGCCGAGUGACGCGUACGUGGAGCGGCAGCAACAGCAGGACGCCGCCGUGCCAUUCCUCGUGGGCGGCAACGAGGUCAGCUUCGGUUGCCCCGGCAGCUUCAGGCCACCAUCGCCGGGCGCCGGCGUGCUCCCCCUCGUCCACUCUGGCCACAACCUGGGCAGCAGGCGCUCGUCACGAUUAAGGCGUCCUGCGGGUUAAUUUCCAUAUAUAGUAGGGGGCUGAAUGCAAAAUGGGGUGCGCUGACUGGCUCGGCCGAGCUGGCUCCACUUGGCGGCUGUUCAUUGGCCCAGGACCAAAUUUGCACCUUGAGGACAAGU